AUGGGUGAUCAAUUACAGAUACCUUAGAUUGUUUCAUCCUUUCACAGCACAUAGCCAUCUCAUAUCCCGGUGUAUGCUUAUUACGUCUAUGUUUCAAUAAACUCUGGACUCUCAGAUAACCAAGCCAUUAUAAAUCUUGUGCUUAUUGAGAGAUUUGUAAAUAUGGCCUAAAGAAACGGAGCUACGAUAAUUAUAAACUCACUAACGAUUCACCGAUUAAUUUUGGCGUCAGUUCUAAUUACCUCCAAGUUCUAUAAUGAUAUAUUCUUUGGGAAUCAGCACGUUGCGUACAUAGGCGGAGUCAACACAAAUGAAAUAAAUAUUCUUGAAGCUGAGUUUCUAAAGACGAUUGAAUGGAGAGUAUGGGUUGAUCCCUCUGACUACGAUUAUUACUAAGGAGGAGUACAACAGCACUUCUAGGCUCUUGAGUAAACACAUGCUAGUCAGAGAUGCCAGUUAAUUUUUCAACUACUUAAAUUCAGAAUGAGCACUCAACGUAUCUUUGAGUUUUUGACCCCUCUUAUCUAUAUAAGCUACUAUAUAUACGUUUCCUUUUCUAAUUUUUCUGUUCUAUAAUAGUUUAGAUUCUCCUCAUAAAGUCUUAUCGUUUCAAUUGGUUAUCGUUUCUUUUCAAUCAUGUCUAUGUUUAUAUAGAAAUCCCCAAGUUUAGCCAUCUAUGUUACUAAAGUAUACUAACUGCAAUAAAUCUUCUCCCCCUUAACUUAAAUUACAGGUAUUUUAUAUUAUAUAUUGGGUUUAGGGUGGCUCAAGUAUUAGUCAGACACUUAAUAGCGGAGUGGAAUCAGAAUUAAAAUCUGCCAUGAUGAACUAAUAUCAUUUUAAGUAAAGUCUUAUGAGUUUCAUUUCGAAUGA